UGCGCAUUAAUUGAUAUCACCGCUGAUAAUGCAUCGAAGAGAAACACAGCCGAUGGUUAAACCGAUGCUGAUGUUGUUAUUAUUUUCGAAGCCGAUGUCAAUGCCGAACCAGGGAAAGGCAGAUUUCAAUCUGCAUUUGAUCUGACCAACAGAACAACGAAUGCUUUUCGCUGAUCAUCAACAUUCAGUCGCGGAUUGUACGGUUGCACAAGUUGCUGAAACGCGUUACUGGUCAGGUGCUUGAGAGUAGGCAAAUCCAAAACGGAUAUCAAUAAACGAAAAUCAAAAAAAAAAAGAAACCAAAGUGAUAUAUAAAUGCAAUAACUAGUUGAAGAAAAUAAACUCUUCGACGAACGAACUGAGCCAAACAAAAUAUUUUUUGUAAGAACACUUCGUUUUUUAUUAUCGCUGAACUUAGUUCAUUAAGCAACUUUCCUACUUUAAAAUGGUGCUAGAAAUAGGCAAAGAACCACAUCCAGCAACGCAACUGCAGCAGCGUGAAAACCAUACAAACGCCGUUGCCAACAAGGAAGAUGAACUGGAACCAAUCAUAGAAGCCACCGACACUAGCGGCAGUGUACUCUUCGAUAAAGUCUACCAAAUGAUGGAGAAGUUCGCAUCAACGCGCAUCGGUCAAUUUGCGCUGGAGCGUGGUGAUCGAGUGCUUCGCAUCUUUGAGGAUACCACAAAGUGGAGUUUGCCACAUGAUGUUCCCUUGGUGCGUCCAUUACCGUGGUUACCAUUUCUUAUGGUCAUCAUACUUCUACGCCAAUUUCGUAUUUGGCUAUCGCUGGGCGCUCUGCUUAUAGGUAAUGGUCCAGUUACCGCCCACAAUCUUGUCUAUUUUAUACAAACGCGUCGUCGUAAGCUGCGCUCAAUUCGCGUACACGGUCUUAAGGCGAUACAACAACGCGAACAUACACGCAAAGCGCUGAAAAAUGAAAAAGUUGGCGGAUUGAUGGUUAAGUUGGGACAGCUCUUUACGAUCGCUUUGUGCCGGCCGCGUAUUAAUUGUGAACCCGCCGGCGUAGUCUUUGCGGCACACAAAACUGGCUUGCAGGAAAUCCUACAGUCUCGUGAAUCUCCACGUUUCACUUAUAAACGCCAGCGUGAAGAUGAUGCACCCGAAGCGGAUUUGAGCUGCAGUGAUUUGCUAUCUAAAUAUGCGAACGAAAGCUCUGCUGAUGACUCUGACUAUGUACCGAUUCAAGAGGAAGAAGACACCAACAAUGAAUCCACUCAAUCUGGCAUAAGUUCAAAUGAUACACAGGGAGAAUAUAAUAUGGAUAGCAGCGAUGAGAAUGCCAAAGGCCUAAACUUGAACGGGAAACCGAAAGAAACGAAAUCACCCAAAGAACAGAAAAUACCAGCAAUUGAAAUCAACGUCGAAGAAAAAGAAAAUAAUUCAGUUUCCAACAACACUAACAAUCAUAAUGAUAAAAACAAUGCGGUUUCAUUGGAUAAUGGUAAAUCUGUAACAAAGUCGCCAAAAUCGCCGCACACACCGCUGGAAAAUGGGCCGAAGAACAGUGACGAACUUCGGGGAAUGGCGGUAGUUGUACAAACAAAGGGUGAGGUUUUGAAGGCUCAAAAAGAACACAUUUUAGAUCUUUUGAAUGGUCACGCCGAUGUGCAAAAGAAGUCGACAUCGGGCCAUGAAACUGCAGCCGGCAGCAAGCCGCUUGCGCUGCCACCAUUGUUGGGCAACGUUGUUAACGCAAUCACACCUGAUCCCCAUGAAUCCAAUGAUGGAAACCUAGUAGAUGCUAUUGAUGAUUGUUUUGCUAACCAAGUUGAAAUUCCCAACAAUGUACCAACACAACCACAACCACAACCACAACCACAACCACAACCACUAUACUCAACACUUUCGUCUCCAUCCUGUUCCACAACAUCCUCAACCUCCUCGUUAGCUUCGUUUGAAACAAGUAAUGAAUAUGAUUUUUUUGAUGAUGGUCUUAAUGAUCCGCCUACGCCAACACCUUCACUCAAUACGGCAUCGUCGACGGAGGACAUCUAUUUGAGUCCGUUCGGUUCCCCUCCAAACUUCAAUGCUUUCCAUAAUCCAGUAUCCGGUCAUAAAUCCGUUGUCACCUUUGGUGCCACAGAAGAUCCUUCUUCCAUCGAUAAUGAUGAUUUUCCCUUGCCAAAAGCUAAACAAUUUAAAUCACAACCAGAGCGUAAGACACAACAGCAACAGCAAAAGCAUUCACAUCAGCAACGAUACCGUAGAAACCGACGUUGAAAACAGCGAAAUAUUUUAUUUUUACAUACAUAUAUAUGUUACUGGCCAAACCCGAUUUUAGGACAAAAUAGUUUUUCCAAGGCUAAACUAGUUAGAUCGGGUUUGACCGGUAACAUACAUAUAUACCGUUAAUGUUAGUGUUUGUGUUUAAAAUAAAGAUUUGUUUAAGUAAUGUGAAUUUUAAAAUAUAUGAAUUUCUAAAUAUGUAAAUGGAGUAAAAUUAGGGUUGAAAAAUGAUAAACUGUGGAUUUAAGCGUAUAAUUUUAACAGAAAAUAUUUGGCACUGUUGAUGAAGAGCAGAAACUACCCAGUAGGUAGUACCAUGAAAACAUUAACCAAUACUAUUGAACAAAAAUAUGCAUCGCAAUAUAAGCGAGCGGGUAAUGUGUAGCUGUGAAACCACUAGCAAAAAAUUUAAGUAAGUCUUUUCUUCAAGUUAUUUCAACAGCCACUGUAAUCCACAGUGGGCCAGAAGAAAGAGAAAGUGGCCAAAAUUGUUUUUUGAUUAUUUAAACGUGAAAAAAUUAAUUAUCUAAAGUAACAAAAUCCAUGGUACAUCGAAAAGUACCAGGUGUCCAAAAAUUAUGAAAAAUCCGAGAAGGCACGUAUUUUGGAUUUUCUACUUGAUAUUUUCUGUAGAAAGUUUGUGGAAACAUAAUUUAAAAAAAUAGGGUUGCCAGAUAUAUGAAUAUUAUAAUUAUUCAAAAGCACCUCAGCAUAAAAAAAAUAUUUUGGAGUAGGGUUGCCACCUAUCUAAAAAGUUACAAUCACUUUUAUUAAAAAAAGGUAUGCCUAUUUAAUAUCACAAGCACCAGGUUGAACGAGCUUUGCUCGGAAUGUAUACAUUUUUUAAAGUUUUCAAGGUUUCAGUAUCAAGUAAUGGCAAACCGCAUCGAAAAUAUUAUUAAAGUUCUAAAAAACACGUCUCAUUUGAGAUCCAUAUUAAGUUAUUUUAGAGGAAUUUUGCAGAAUCGAAAAUAAGUGGCAACCUUACACUAAGAUCUUAAACGACAACACUUACUACAUAUGCAAGGCAUUGUUUAAAAGCUUUCUUUUACCAUCCGUAAAGAGUAAUAUUAUGUGUCAAUUUCCUAAACAAAAAAUUAAAUAAAUAUGCGAUAGAAAAUAGGUGGCAACCCUAUUCAAAAAUAUUUCUGAAUUGGGGAUUUUCGAAACACUUUCCACUUGAUACCCAUAUUGUGAUGUGUUAUUUAGUUUAUAACUAAUUUCGAAUUGGUAGAAACCGUAUACCGAUAUUUUCGGAGAUAACACCUAUCUAGAUAACCAUAGACUGCAAAACAUUAUCUGUGUAAGAAAUUUCAUCCAAAUUGCUAGAGCGGUUUCCGAGAAACCUAUGGAUAUAUAUAUAUUUUUAUAUGCAAGAAUUGCUCGUUGAAUGUAAUAAGAUAUCGGCAUCAUUUUAAUUAUUUAAUAUUAUAUUACUUAAAGAAAUAAAAAUAAAAGUUUUUUAUA